AUGGAGUCGCGUGCCUCCAAGACAGGAAAUUCCUUUGCCUCCAAUUCCUCGGGCCAAGGUGCAGAUGAAGCGGCACCCAAAGACUGCCUGAUUCAGAGCACUCCGGAUCCUUUUGUCUUUGAAAUCCUUUCGGUGUUGCCCCCUACAAACUCCGCCAGCCCCUUUCUAGAAAUGGCUUCUCUAAAGGAUACAUACAGCUUACAAAUUAAUUCCAAAUACAGUUCCCAUAAUCCCAUGAACUCUAAAUUUGUAGCCAAAGCUGAGGCUCAAAAUGGUAACAGUAAGGAAACAAACAAGGUCCAAAGAAAUGAAGGUAGAAAGAAAGACCAAGGCUCUUCAGUGACCUAUGGGUUAGCUAUCCAUAGCACCUUGGUGAAAUCAAUGCCAAAAGGAAAGGAGGAGGCUGCUGCUACUACAAAACCGAGUGCUAGUGAGCAUCCCAAUCCUGGAGAAAGACCAGCUAGUGCUGUCACCUUCUCUGUUACCCAGAAAAAAAAAAAAGUGUCAGCCCCAGAGGUCAGGGUGAAGGAAAAGGUUCUGCCAAAUAUCAGCAACUUCUAUGACAGAAAAAUACUUGUAGAUCCUCAGGAGAAACCCAGUGAGAAGCCACUUGAUGACUCAAAAGCAGUCAUCUUUGAAAAAGGCUCUCCCACCCUAAAAUUUCAAGGCAAAUGUGACUCUUAUUCAGAAAACCAAAAGCAUGAAGAAAGGGGUGUGUUGAGUAAGCACCCCUCUUCAGGAAAUGACUGCUCUAAUGUGGUUAAGAUUUCUGCAUUCAGAUUCUCUCAGGAGGAGCCAGACUCAUUGAGUCUCCCAAGAAUUUUAAAGCCUUCAUCCUUCACCACUGACCAUGUCGUGUACCAGCCUCCCUUGUACAGUGGUCCUUCACAUGACAUUGUCAGCUACUGGACCAACUGUCCUAUGCCUUUUCACUCUCUUUCCAUGGGCAGCAGCAACAACAAUACAUCCCAGGCUGGGAAGAGCAGCUGGAGCUUCUUGUGUAAUUAUUCCUCCAGCUCUACAGUACACUCCCAAAACUGGUCCAUAGAUCUGAAGGCAGCAAACAAAGGUCUUUCCCAGAAUUCUUGUUUACUUCAUUUUCCCAGAAGUUCAGAAGCCAUGGCAAGGGAGAAAAGAACAUUCCAAGAGGAGACAACAUCACGUCCUUGGGAAGGAUAUGCAUCUAAUUCCCUGUCAAGGAGCCAUGAGAACAGUCUGAAGAAGGGUUUCACUGAUACCCAUUGUCACUUGGACAUGCUCCAUUCCAAAUUGUCUUUCAAAGGGACCUUUACCAAGUUCAGAAAAAUGUAUAGCCAUUCCUUCCCUAAGGAAUUUCAGGGCUGCAUCUCUAAUUUCUGUGAUCCUCCUACAAUGAAGGAUGGUCUAUGGGAAAAGCUGUUGAAAGAGGAUAUGGUUUGGGGAGCCUUUGGCUGUCACCCCCAUUUUGUACAUUACUACAAUGAAUAUCAAGAAAGAAAGAUUUUGAAAACCUUACAGCAUCCCAAAGCUGUAGCUUUUGGAGAAAUAGGCUUGGAUUACUCUUAUAAGUGCAGUAUACCUAUCCCACAGCAGCACAAGAUAUUUGAGAGACAGCUACAGCUGGCUGUGUCCCUAAAGAAACCACUGGUGAUCCACUGCCGAGAAGCUGACAAAGAUCUGCUGGACAUCAUGAAAAAAUGUGUGCCCCCUAACUACCAUAUCCACAGGCAUUGCUUCACUAGCAGUUACCAAGUCAUUGAACCCCUUUUGGAGUACUUUCCCAACAUGUUUGUGGGCUUCACAGCAGUCCUGACUUGCACUUCUGCCUGGCAGGCCCGGGAUGCUCUGAAAAAGAUCCCACUAGAGUGAGUUGUCAUGGAAACUGACAUUCCCUAUUUCCUUCCUUAUGGGAUUCCCAAAAGCCUUUGCCAGUAUGCCCACCCAGGCCUGGCCCUGCAUACAAUUCAAGAGAUUGCCACAAUCAAAGAUCAGCCACUCUACCAUACCUUAGCCACCUUGUAUAAGAACACUAGUCUUCUCUACAAUGUUUAA